GUGGGUGUAACGUCACUCAUUGUUGUCAACUCUUUUUUGCAUAAGGUAUUAAGCUGGGAAGACUUCUCACUGGCAUUAUACAUCUCUCUGCCACGCACUCUACCCGAAGCUUUAGAUGAAGGCCAUCUCUACUUUGCUCUUUUCGAGUUCGUAUCUGCCAGGUGCCAUUGUGCUUGGUAAGACUGUUCGCCAGCAGGGGAUCUCGGAGGGUACAGAACUGGUUGUCAUUGUCGGAUGUCUCUUAUCUGAAUUUGAACAAAAUCUACUCCAAAGUGUCUUUGAUCGUGUCAUUGACGUGUCGCUUAUCCGUGCCUCCCCGUCAGAGGAGCUGAAACUGUUGGGACGUCCCGAACUGGGACCAACAUUCUCCAAGAUUAACCUGUUUGCACUCACGCAGUACGACCAGGUCUUGUACCUGGACGCCGAUACCUUGCCUGUUCAGCGUGUAGCUGACUUGCUUGACACGUACUCUGUUGAGGAGUCGCAGAUCUUGGCUGCUCCAGACUGUGGGUGGCCUGAUAUCUUCAACAGUGGUGUCUUUGUCAUCAAACCUUCUCAGGACACGUUUGACGACCUGCUGUCAAUCGUUCGAACUUCUAACAAGCCUUCCUUUGACGGAGCAGACCAGGGUUUACUAAACGAAUACUUCACAGUGAGACCUGACAAGGAAUGGCUCAGACUGCCAUUCGUGUACAACGUUACACCUUCUGGAGGAUACGAGUACUUGCCAGCCUAUAAGUUCUUUGCGGAUGAUGUUAAACUUAUCCACUACAUCGGAGCGACGAAGCCUUGGGAUUGCGACAGAUGGGAUUCCAUUGCGAUGAGAGGAAGGUGGUGGUCUAAAUAUGCAGAGUUCUUCCAUGAUAAGCCGCCAUUGGAGUCGAUCCACGGUAUUGUGCCAUACUACUUUGAGCCUGUGGUUGAGCCGGUAUACGUUGAAGAAGCACCAGCUGAGCCAGCUUUCGAGGAGCCGUCCCUUGAACAGGCAGUACCAUACGAAGAGCAUUAUCAACCAGAGACUGAAUAUCAUCCAUACGAGGAAACUAAGGAGAUCCUGUUAAACCCUGAAUCUUACCAGUACUUCGACACUGUUCCAAUCGUUGAAAGUUGGGAUCCUGCGCAUUCUGAACCUCCAAAGCAUGGUAAGCCUGAAGCACAGAAUUUCCCUGAUUUGCACAUGGUGAAUCUAUGGUCUAACGAUGCAACAUGGGAUGAACCUAGUGAAUUUACCUAUGAAGAAGAUAACGAAGAACCGUGGGAAGAGCCUUUACCUCCACCUCUAUUCCCAUGGGAGUUUGAGCCUCGUGAAAAAGCUGAACGUGUAUUUGAUCCAUCGCUCGGACCUAAUAACUGGGAUGACAUACCUUUAAUUCAACGUAUCAAGGAACUCCAGCUCGAAGAGGCCAAUAAGUCGCAGAGCGAGACGGGAACUGCUGUGGAGAAGAACGAGGAUGAGAUUGAAAGACUGAGGGAGAUUGAAGAACGGUACACCGGUGAUAUUGCAGACGACGUUGCUGAGGAUGCCAUUGAGGACGGCUUCUUAGAUGUCAUUAAGCAGGAAGAUGAAGACGAAGAAGCCCUAUUGGAUGAACUUGAAAAGGCAAAGAACGUGGUUCUUACCCCUCAGGUGCCUACUUCUGUGGAGCAGGCACUGGAUAAGUUGGAUGCACUGGUGCAGUCCAACGAAAGAUACACCGAUGACAUCAAGGACGACAUUGCAGAGGACGCGAUCGAAGAAGGCGUGCUGGAUGUCAUCGAGGACGAGACAGCAGCGGAGGAGAAACUCAUUGAAGAGGAUGAGAAGCUGAAGACCUGAAGCAAAGGUGCAAGAUCGAGAGAGGCUGCAUAAACUCCAUAAUGUAAACUACUAAUACCAAAUAA